CGAGUCAGCCCGCUUUACACAUCUCCACACGCCACGCCGGCUCAGCACGGGACGCCAUGGGGGUCUGCAGCGGUCGCUCCAUGUGCAACCUUUGUGACGACACCGACAUCUCCACACUGCCACAUGAGGCGCCCGCCACGGCACGCACCCUGCGACUGGCAGUGCUGCGGCACGGGGAACGCGCGGAUCAGGCGAAUCCAAGGAUGUGGUUUCGGUCGAUGCUGGGACGGAGAUAUCCUUUCGACCCACCCUUGACCUUGACGGGUACCAAGCAAGCGAGGGGCGUGGCCAAGGAGCUCUUUGCCAAGUAUGGAGACUUCUCCAUGGUCGUUUCCUCUCCCUUCAUCAGGUGUAUCGAAACGGCGGUGGAGAUUUGCCGAGUCUUCCACUGUGCGCUCUGCGUGGAUCGGCAAUUGGGCGAGGUCUUCUCUCCGGCGUACUUCGGCGCCUGGGAGCCGCCGGGGCCCAAGAUGCGCAGUGCCGAGGAGAUUUGCGCCUACGUGCCCACCGACGUGAGGAUUGUUGGCAUGGACGAUGAGGGCAAACUCACCUCCGAUGGCUUCAUAGGCAACGCUCCGGAAUGGCCCGAGAAGAACGGCAAGUUACGCUUGGCCAUCCGGGUCGAAGAGCUCAGCGACAAGGCAGGAAAGCUUGGUGGUGCCAACUUGAUCCUCGUGACCCACGGGGAUUGUGUGGCCGGAUGCAUGGCAUUGACGAGCAGCAGGUCAGAGCUGACUGCACCGAUCGUCUCCAAGGUGCCGUACUGCGGUUUCGUGGUGCUGGAGCGUCCCUUCCAAGCGGAUGAGCCUCCCAAGAGCCUUUUGGAUGUGAACGCUGGAUGGAACGUCUACAAUGGUCACAUCGAGGUGGUAGAUCGAAGCGCACAGGAGCUCUUUACGUUGAGCCCUGCGACCGAGAAAAAGGCAGAGCAGUUGCAACUUUUGGCCAAGGAUCUGGCUGAGAAGCAUGCAACAUCAGAGAGUUCCCCUGCGGCUUCUGAGGAGAAGCCGCCCAGCUCCCGAUCGCUGGAGAGCCCCCGGCGGCGCGCACGGAAGGCCACGACCUUGAUCUUCGAGAACGAGCUGAUGUUGAGAAAGGCUGUGAAGCUGUUAGAGUCACAACAGGAGGUCGGACUUCGUUUUCAAGAACUGGUCCCUGACCUACCACGUGACCGUUGCAUGACAGGAGAGAGCGUCAAGGAUUUGGCGGACUACGCACGAUCAGAGAGCUUCGAGGUUUAACGACUCGGGAAGUGGCUCAAAAACAAAAGCAAC